AUGUCUCCUGAAAAGACCAAUCCAGGUCUCCGCGACCGUUCGGUUAACCUCCCACGUGCUUCUUGGGAUGAUCCCUCCCAUGGCCAGCCUCUGGCUCUUACUCAGCCAGAACGGCAAAAGCGGGACGAGCUUGCAAAGAAAACGUGUGCGCAUAUCGUGCCACACAAGCUCAACGGCUCUAGCGCGCUUGAACAUUCCUGGGGGUGGCUCGAAAGCUUCUGGGGCAAUUAUCGGGUGACGAAAUGGAAAGCUGAGCUACUUGACGGCCUGAACCACCGGGGUCUAUUCAAUACCGAACAGGUGAAGUACCUGAUUACCCUUGGAAGCCAAGAGCAUAACUAUUGGGAUAACUGCAUAUUCACUUUCCGUCCUAUAAGGACCUACCAGCAGAACACUAAAAUGGAUAUUGCGUUCCAUCUGUUACCUCUUCGCGAAGAUGAAAAGCGGACCGACUACAUCCCCGCCCUCUCCCACCCGUAUCCGAGUCACCCCCAAGGAUACAACACAUCGCCAGGCGGAAAUAGAUAUCUGUUUCAUUGCGAGACGUUUGGCGUGAUUUCCUCUCGGUCCAUUUUCACCAUCACCACGGCAAACCCAAUAACUCACCCACUGCCAUCCGAAGAGCUCCUUACGAUGCGAUGGAAUCUGACUCGGAUCGCUAUUAUGCAAGGAGCUGGUGAAGACGAGGAUAGUGAAAUGGACUCCGACGGUGAUUCCGUCGCCAUUGAAUCAGACUCAAGGUUCCCGGAUUAA